CACAGUAAAAUAAUAGAAAGAUCGCGAAUGCUACCCAGGAUGCCCAUAUUCAUGGUGAUUUUUGUAGACAAAAAACAAAAAUAACCUUAUUACCAGCUAUUAACCUUUGUGAUCGGAUUAUUUUGUUGAUCGUACAUUAUAAAAUAGUCGGUUAAACCUGUUGGUUGAAUUAUCCUGUUAUUUUUCCCAUCUCUUGCUUGCUGACUUUAAGCUUGACACAUGACAAUGUUCCCGUCAUUAGUGAUGGAAAAUUGGAAAUAGGAAAGUUGAUUAUAAUUACAGUUGCAGAUUAGAUUUUAAAAAUGAAGCGAGUUAUUUGAGAGCUUUGAUUAAACUUCGGAUCAAUUAUUGAUAAAACCAGUGUUUUGUUGUUGGUUUUGAAUUUUAUGUCGUACUUGAGAGCAAAGGUCCUGGUGCAAAGAAUACAUUCUGAAAGUAGAAACCAAAAGAAAAGAAUAUCAAAAUGAGUAAACAUAUGUAUUCUACAGCUAAUUUAACUGAUAAAGAAUUGAAAGAGCAGGGAAACAGAUUGUUUAAUUUAAGAAAAUAUGAUGAUGCUAUCAGUUGUUACACAAAAGCUAUUAUCAAAAAUCCAGAUGUAGCUCAUUAUUUCACAAACAGAGCAUUAUGUCAUCUAAAGUUGCUGAGAUGGGAACCUGCUUGUACAGACUGUCGUAGAGCUUUGGAUAUGGAUCCGAACCUUGUAAAAGGACAUUUUUUUCUUGGACAAGCAUUGUUAGAAACUGAGAAUUAUGAUGAAUCCAUAAAGCACUUGCAAAGAGCUGUAGACUUGGCAAAAGAACAGAAACUGAAUUUUGGUGAUGAUAUAGCAGCUCAGUUGAGAGCAGCCAGGAAAAAACGUUUUUCUGUACAAGAGGAGAAAAGAAUAACACAAGAAAUAGAAUUGCACUCUUAUUUGAACAGAUUGAUAGAAAAGGAUAAGGAGUCACAGAUAGCUAAAGUGACGCAAGAUGAGGGCGAUAAUGAGAAGUGUAAGGAAAAAAUAUUGGACAUUGAAGACAAAUGUGAUAAUUAUAUGAAUGAACUCAAUCAGCUAUUUGUGAAAGUGGAUGAUAGAAGGAGGAAACGAGAGGUUCCAGAUUACUUAUGUGGUAAAAUAAGUUUUGAAAUUCUUCAAGAACCUGUUAUUACACCUAGUGGAAUCACAUAUGACAAAAAGGAUCUAGAAGAACAUUUGCAGAGGGUUGGCCAUUUUGAUCCUGUAACUAGAGUAAAAUUGACCCAGGAUCAGUUAAUACCAAAUUUUGCAAUGAAAGAGGUGGUGGAUGCAUUCUUAACAGAAAAUGAGUGGGCUUAUGACUAUUAAGAUAUCAAGUUUAUAUCGCACUUGCGUUUUCUUUUAAUUUAUGCGAAUCUAUUUUUGAAAUACAGUGUAUAAGUUCAAAUAA